AUGGAGCCCACAUAUGAGGAAUACCUAGCAAAUCAUGGAACAAUAGUAAAGCCUUAUUACUGGCUAAGCUUCUCUCUAGAUUGCUCUAAUUGUCCUUACCAUAUUCGAACGGGUGAAGAAGCAAGAGUUUCCCUCACAGAAUUUUGUCAGAUUUUUGGAUUCCCUUAUGGGACAACAUAUCCUCAAACAAAACACCUCACAUUUUAUGAAUUAAAAACUUCUUCUGGUAGCCUGGUGCAAAAGGGCCAUGCUAGCAGUUGCACUGGGAAUCAUAUCCAUCCAGAAUCAAUGCUCUUUGAAAUGAAUGGUUACCUUGACUCAGCCAUAUACAAUAAUGACAGCAUCAGGCAUAUCAUUCUGUAUUGCAACAACUCCCCUUGUAAUGAAGCUAACCACUGCUGCAUCAGCAAAGUGUACAAUUUCCUGAUUACAUAUCCAGGCAUCACUCUUAGUAUUUAUUUUUCUCAGCUCUAUCACACCGAGACGGACUUUCCUGCCUCCGCAUGGAACCGCGAAGCUCUCCGGAGCCUGGCCAGCUUAUGGCCGCGGGUUGUUUUGAGUCCAAUAAGCGGCGGGAUUUGGCAUUCUGUCCUCCACAGCUUUGUUAGUGGUGUCUCAGGAUCACAUGUUUUUCAGCCCAUUUUAACAGGGAGAGCACUGACUGACAGGCACAAUGCAUAUGAAAUCAAUGCCAUAACAGGUGUAAAACCUUUCUUCACUGAUGUUCUUCUCCAGACAAAAAGGAAUCCAAACACAAAAGCUCAGGUGGCUUUAGAGAGCUACCCCUUAAACAAUGCCUUUCCCGGACAGUCUUUUCAAAUGACGAGUGGAAGACCUCCAGAUCUCAGGGCUCCUGUUGUUUUUGUGCUAUUGCCUCUCAGGGACUUACCACCAAUGCAAAUGGGCCAAGACCCAAAUAAACCCAGGAAUAUCAUAAGGCACUUAAAUAUGCCUCAAAUGUCAUUCCAGGAAACCGAGGACCUUGAAAGGCUUCCCACUAGAAGGUCAGUGGAGACAGUGGAAAUCACAGAACGGUUUGCAAGUAGCAAACAGGCAGAUGAAAAGACGAAGAAGAAGAAAGGGAAGAAAUAAAAUCUACCUUCCCACAGCAUGAAACCAAUUCCCAGCGGACUUAUUAGAUAGACAACAAAAAUCUGGAAACUUUCUCUCUUAGGGCUGAGCCAAGAAGGAGAUAAACUGACGCACUAAAAGCAAACCUUGAAUUAUUUACCAUAUGAACUGUUAUAAAGUCACACUCUUUUAAACAUAAUCCAAAAUGUUUCCAU